CUGCCACUGCCACUGCCACUGCCUCUGCCACUGGGUUCAACUGUACUCGUAGUACUCUAGCCGCCGAGCAUCCGCUUCAGACGUUUCAGUUCGACGCAUCAAAGGCAAAGGAGGAAACUCCCGCCGCCAACAUACUCGUACCCCAUUAAUUCCAACCCCAUUCCUAGCAGCACGCAGUACGCAGUACGCAGCCACAAGCGCACUCAAGGUUAACUCUACCCAAGACAACUAGCACUAACAACCUACCCUACCCCAUCCCAUCCCAUCCCACCCCAAUCCCCAUCACCCAAAGACGAAGACUAAGACUCGACCUCGACCCCCAACUCUGCCGACUCACCUUCGACUUCAACACACAAUCACCAUCUUCACUUCAUCCUAUUCUUGCCCUUCUCGACACUCGUUCACCUUGCACACCUCUCGGGUAUUCCACCUCCACCCUCCAGCUUCAAGCUUUGCACAUACGAAACCACACCAUACCCCGCGGCCCGAUCGAAGCAACACAACGCUCCAAACAUCUGCAGGUCGGUUCAUUGCAGUAGGAAACUGCACAACGGAUGCAACAACAGAAUACUCUUUUUGGAAUCACCCGUGACGGUGCCGCAUCAGCGACGGACAAUCGAGCCUUGCUAGGAGGGGCACAUUUGGCAACUUUCGCCAAAUAUGUAUGUCAGUUUUCACAUAAUUCCCUUGUCAACAUACGACAAGAAGGCAAGUAGAACGUCAUCCUAAUCCUCGAACAGUCUCCAAAAGAUAAAGAAUUGCCUCAACUACCCACCAUGUCGUCUCCCGCUCCCUUACUCCGUCCUCCGAUUCCUGGUGGACGCAGUGGCGGUGGACUACGAACUCCAAGAUUAGGACUCGCCAUUCCACCUUCUCCAAGUGCAAAACCCGUCAACAACGUCGGUCUUCCCUCAUUGGGUCUAUCAUUACAGAUGCCUGGUCAGGCUCCAUCACGACCAUCCCUACCUCGAUUACAGCUUGCAACACCCAUGGGAACCAAUAUAACGCCUCACGAGCAACCCUUACAGAACGGUCGACCGAAUAUAUCAAUAGCUACAGGCCAGUCGGCAAGUGGAGGUAGUGAGAGCAGCGCUGCACAUUCAAGAAACGGAAGCUUUGGCCCUCUAGAUGGUAGAGCUAGUGGUCCCACUUCGGCAGGAUCACAAUAUUCAGCUCUAUCUUUUGCAUCUCAGUAUGGAUUGCAACAGCCCCCUCGAGGGACACCAGAUCCUGCCUCGGCUGUUGGUUCACUAUAUUCGAAUCACAGUGAAGGGGGGGCUGGCAUGGAGCGUGAUGGUAGCAUGACUGGACUCGAGGGUUUCGAAAACCUAAGUUUGGAAAGUUUGGAAAAAGGCCGAACACUUGAUGUAGACGAAUUGGAUGACGAGGGUUGGCGAGUCGCAAGUAUGGAGAAGAGAAUUGAGGAACUGGGAAGUUUAGGAGAAGGUGCUGGUGGAGCUGUUACGCGAUGUAUAUUGAAGGGUGGAAAGGUAGUAUUUGCACUCAAGGUAUGUACUCUUUGCUCUGGUAUUGGAACUUCACUGAUCAAUUGGAAGAUUAUCACGACAAACCCAGAUCCAGACGUCAAGAAGCAAAUCGUUCGUGAGCUUGGUUUCAACAAAGACUGUGCCAAUGAGCACAUCUGUAAAUAUUAUGGUGCAUUUGUUGAACCUAGCACAGCUACGAUUUCUAUUGCCAUGGAAUUCUGUGAAGGCGGAUCACUCGAUAGCAUAUACCGCGAAGUGAAGAAACUUGGGGGUAGAACCGGAGAAAAGGUUCUCGGAAAGGUCGCCGAGGGUGUUCUGACUGGCCUAACCUACCUCCACAGCAAGAAGAUCAUCCAUCGAGAUAUCAAACCCAGUAACAUUCUCCUCUGCCGAGACGGACAAGUCAAGCUUUGCGAUUUCGGUGUCAGUGGUGAAUUCGGUACCAAGGGUGACGCCAAUACCUUCAUCGGAACCUCAUAUUACAUGGCACCAGAGCGAAUCACGGGACAGAGCUACACAAUCACUUCCGACGUUUGGAGUACAGGCGUUACGCUACUCGAAGUCGCGCAGCAUCGCUUCCCCUUUCCCGCUGAUGGUACAGAGAUGCAACCUAAAGCCGGACUCAUUGACCUCUUGACGUAUAUUGUACGACAGAAUAUUCCAAAGUUAAAGGACGAGCCUGAGGCUGGAAUCAAAUGGAGUGAGAACUUCAAGUACUUUAUCGAGUGUUGGUAUGUUACUCUUGAUUCCUAAUCUUUGGUUUAUGAAUACAACGCUAAUGGUGUAUACAGCCUGGAGAAGAAACCCGAUCGUCGUGCAUCUCCUUGGCGUAUGCUGGAACAUCCUUGGAUGAUUGAGAUGCGUAGUAAGCGUGUCAAUAUGGCACAUUUCCUGGCUACCGUGUGGGGAUGGCAGGAAUAAGCCCCCAUUUCCUUUCCGAGGAUUCAAGUCCCGAAUCAGUUCUCAAAAAGCUAAGCGAGAUGUUUUCAUGAUCCAGCGAAGGAGCCUGGAUUCUGGGAUUUUUGGAUGCCUGGUAAUGGGGGACCUUUUGUGUUUUAAUUACUCUUUUGAUUAUACAAAUCUAUCCACCCAUUUUAUAAUAUACCAUACAUGUUCUCCUUCUUUUUAUCUCCUCCCGCUCCCAUUUUGUUCGAGCCUUUGAGUCAGGGACUUGAGGGGUUGGAGGAAUGGAUCUAUGUGGUGUUUUUUGCAUGUGCGGAAUGGAUGGUCGGGACUGAAUUGUGUGCGGGGUGACGGUUUGAUUGGGUUUGAUUGGGUAGGAGGGACGGUAAUGUAGAAUGAUAUGAAUGGAUGGGUUGAAAAAUGAGCAGAGAGUGUAUACAGGAAAGGGGAAUGAGGAGGACCUUUCUAGGUUGUAAGAUGGAAUUGGUUGGUGGAUUGGAUACCGUGGGUGGAUUAUGUGAUUUAGAUAGGGAGGGAUGCUUGGGAUGGCGAGAGUGAGAGGUGAGAGUGAGAGGUGAGAGUGAGAG